CACAGAGUGAUUACGAGAGAAAUUUGCAGAGCCAAAGUGAAAGAAGAAAGAAGAAAGAAGAAAGAAGAAGAAAACAAACACAAUUCCAAAUCCAAGACAAACCCAUUCUCAUCUUAUCUAACUCCAACAAAAUCAACACUCACUCACUUUCCCAAACCGCCCACUUCUUCUUUUUCAUCUCAACUUCUCUGUUUCUCUCUGAGUUUCAUUCCCACUCCUUGUUUUUUCCAUCUUUGAGCUCAGAAAUGGAGCAGAUCAUGGCGGUUUACAAGAUUCAGGCCUGUGGAAUAGUGUAGGUGCUUUCAGGAGAAAGCAGUUUUCCCCGUUCCUGCUCUGUUGCAUCCCACUAAACUUUUUCGUCUUCUUUUCAAGCUUUCGGCUCGCCGGAGCAUGGCUUGCCGGAGAAGAAUUGUGGGAAAUCUUGACCCAGAAAGGAAAAGGAGCGGUGGUUUGAGAACGAAGCAGGCGGGGAGAGGAUCGUGCCGUGGAAGUUAGAAAUUAGGAUGGGGAAAUCGGAAAUAGCUUGGGAAAUGUACGGUCUCUCCAGCGCUUGAGCAUUUUUAACUUCUUCUUCUCUACUGUUUCGUGCAUGUUUUGAUAAUUUUUCCAAGUUUUGAGAAAAACAAACAAAAAUUGGAUUCGAACUCUGUUUCGGUUGCUAUGGGGUUUUUACUUAAAGAGAUGCUCAAGGCUCUUUGCGGUUCGAGUCAGUGGUCUUAUGCUGUGUUCUGGAAGAUCGGUUGCCAAAAUACCAAGCUCCUGAUUUGGGAAGAAUGCCAUUACCAACCCUUACCCAGCUUUGACUCUUCUGGAAGUGAGAGUUCCAAAUUUCCCCUCGGGGAGUUGGAAGGAUGUUGGGGGUAUUCCCAAAGUUCCUCCUCGCUACAGUCAAAUCAUGGAGAGGAUAAAUUAUAUUCUCUAAUUCACAAAAUGAAUUUAAAUAAACAUGUUAGUCUAGUAGGUGAAGGGAUUGUCGGGCGAGCUGCAUUUAUUGGAAACCAUUUAUGGAUUCUGUCAAGCAAUUACACCAGAGAUGCUUAUCCACCAGAGGUUCUCAGUGAGUUGCAUCAACAGUUUUUAGCUGGAAUGCAGACUGUCGCUGUCAUCCCAGUUCUUCCUCAUGGAGUUGUACAGCUGGGCUCAUCCUUUUCUAUUAUGGAGAACAUGAUGUUUGUAAACCACGUGAAGAGUUUGAUACUACAUUUAGGGUCUGUACCUGGUGCUCUUCUUUCUGAGACUUAUGAUGGAAAAGACCCAGUUGGGAACUUUGAUGUGCCUGUGACUUUAGGAAUGACUGGACUUACAGAUCCUCCUCAAAAUUGCAAUUUGAUGAAGCCUUUAUUGAUGGUUGAUAAUUGCAACCCACAAGACAACUCAUUGCUAGCUUCUAGGUCCAGUCAGCCUUCUGGUUUGCUGUUACAAGAGAGUCGGCCUAACAAUCAUCUUGCUGCUUCUUCAAUGUCACAAAAUGCUCACUUGACCCAAGGUUUGGCAAUACCUCAUCAAAAUCUGGGUCUAUCAAAAGCUGCUCAAGCGAUGAAGUCGAAUAUCCCUUCAAGAAACAAUUCUGAAUAUGGAUGUGUCAGAGCUGAAGUCAUUCUUCCAAGUCCUGAGGCACGGUUUCACCAGCAGGCUUCUUCAAGUUCAUUUUACAACUCUCAAUCUGCCGUUGCACCAACUACUGAGCAUGGCAGCCUGAAAUUAGCUGGACAUCAGAAUCUUUCAGCUGUGAGCCUACAACAGGACGUUUAUAACUGUUUAAAUUCAUCAAAUAGUUAUAACCUGUCUCAACUGGUAACACAUGGUGGUGGAACAAUUGAUAAUGAAAAUAGUUCUGUGACCACCAAUCAUCCAUUAUUUGAAAGCAGGCAGUCCAAGGAAAAGAAAAAUAUUGGUUCGAAGCGAUUUUCUGUUUCAGUUCCAGUCUCCGUUUCUAAUGACAGUGCGGCAACUCACAAAAGUGUUAAUGGGGGUGAGCUGGGUGGAAUAGAUGUGCAAAAUGCUCUCAAGUGCAAGGCCGAGGAGGUUUCUUUAUUUGGUGGGGUAGAGAAUUCUAGUGGUAAAGCAAUUUUGGAAGCUAUGAAGAGUUCUCAAUCUCAAUCGAAACUAGCUCCAUCAGCAGAUAAUGAUUUGUUUGAAGCUCUUAAUACUACGUGGACUCAACUGGAAAGUACCAUGUCCUUGAAUGAUUACAUGUCUGGUCUUUCUAAUGAUUACCCAAACCAUUUUAGUGGAUUUGAGAGCCCAAUACUCCCGCAUAUUAAAAAUGAACAAAAUUGUGCUCUGUCCUCUUUUGGUGAUGACUUGUUUGACAUUCUUGGUUUGGAAUAUAAGAAUAAACUACUCACUGGCAAAUGGAAUAGUUUAUCUGAAAGUAUGCAUAAUGAAGACCAGCAGAAAUCUGAAUCUCAGAUAAUGAAUGUGCUUGAGGCUGGCUUGACCUCAAAUAACUCUUCUACGUGUAGAAAGAUGCCCGAAUCGGGAAGCAAUUCUAUGACAGCCUCUGACCAACUUUUAGAUGCUGUAGUCUCCAGAGGUCACUCUGCCAUCAAGCAGAGUUCGGAUGAUAGCACGUCUUGUAGGACAACAUUGACCAAAAUCAGUAGCUCUUCUGGUCCAAGUAGCUUCAUAUAUGGACAGCCAAGUGCAUCCAAUCACGUGCAGAGGGGAGUUUUUGGGAUCCCCAAGUCUCUGGGUGAAGUAGGGACCUUAGAUAGUAGUUCUUUCAGAUCUGGUUGUAGACAAAAUGAUAUGUCAAAUUGUUCUCAAGGUUCUUCAGUAUAUGGAUCUCAAAUCAGUUCAUGGGUUGAGCAGGGAGAUAAUUUGAAGCGUGAAAGUAGUGUGUCCACAGCCUAUUCUAAAAGGCCCGAUGAAGUGAAUAAAUCAAGUCGCAAAAGGCUUAAACCUGGAGAGAACCCUAGACCGAGGCCCAAAGAUCGCCAGAUGAUACAAGAUCGCGUAAAGGAGUUGCGAGAGAUUGUGCCAAAUGGAGCAAAAUGUAGCAUAGAUGCUUUAUUUGAGAAAACUAUCAAGCAUAUGCUUUUCUUGCAAAGCGUCACAAAGCAUGCAGACAAGUUAAAACAGACUGGGGAGUCUAAGAUCAUCAGUAAAGAAGGUGGACUCUUUCUAAAAGACAACUUUGAGGGUGGGGCAACCUGGGCAUUUGAGGUUGGUUCACAAACUAUGGUCUGCCCUAUCAUAGUCGAAGAUUUGAAUCCACCACGUCAGAUGCUUGUCGAGAUGCUUUGUGAAGAGAGGGGCUUCUUUUUGGAAAUAGCUGAUUUGAUCCGUGGAAUGGGCUUGACUAUAUUGAAAGGAGUGAUGGAGGCACGAGACAACAAGAUAUGGGCGCGAUUUGCCGUUGAGGCUAACAGGGAUGUAACUCGUAUGGAAAUAUUCAUGUCGCUUGUUCACCUGUUGGAGCAGACGCUGAAAGGCAACAACACGUCAAUGACAAAUGCCAUAGAUAACAGCCAUAUGAUUCACAACUCCUUCCCUCAGUCGACCCCGAUAUCUGCAACCGGCAGGCCUGGUAGCUUGCAUUGAGCAGCUGCCUGCUCUACAAAUUUUCAUGGGGUGUUGAGAGCGAGCCUUUAUAUCGCUUGCUAUGACUAACAUGUUUCCAGUCCCAAGGUCUGUGGUUGUUCUAACUUUUUGGCCGAUUUCUUUCUCAAAAGUUUUUAAAAUCAAAACUGAACUCAGUAUUAGAGGGGAAGAUUUGUUUAGUUUAUUUUAGGUGUGUUAUUUCUCUAUGAAUGUAUAAUUGUUUUGAUCAUAUUGAGGGAGCUGCUGUCCUCAAUCACAAAACCAUUUAGGGUAUUAGGUUUUUAUACCUUUAUCUACAUGAAAUGGUAACUGUAAAAGGUCAUAAAUUAUGUGAUAUGCAAUGUUGGGUUAAGUUAUGUACCAAACAAGUGUGAUGCUUAGAACAAAUUCAUAGUCCAAGUUUAUUCAAAAUGCUUACCCAAUGAAAUUGUGAAGUGUAACGUCACCUGUGCAAAAA